AUGGGGGACCUUCGGACCUCACCUGCCACCUGGGCCCAGGUGUCCUGGUCCCAGGCCCUCCAGCAGGGCCUCAGGAGCCCCCAGGUCCAGCUGUCCCCCAGGCAGGGCCCAUCAAAGCGCAACAGGGCCAUCACGGCCCGGAGACAGCACCUGAAGAGCGUCAUGCUCCAGAUCGCGGCCACGGAGCUGGAGAAGGAAGAGAGUCGCCGUGAGUCGGAGAAGCAGAACUACCUGUCUGAGCACUGCCCCCCACUGCACCUCCCCGGCUCCAUGUCUGAAGUGCAGGAGCUCUGCAAACAACUGCAUGCCAAGAUCGACGCAGCCGAGGAGGAGAAGUAUGAUAUGGAAGUGAGGGUCCAGAAGAGCAGCAAGGAGCUGGAGGAUAUGAACCAGAAGCUGUUCGACCUGAGAGGCAAGUUCAAGAGGCCCCCGCUGAGAAGGGUGCGCAUGUCGGCCGACGCCAUGCUCAAGGCGCUGCUGGGCUCCAAGCACAAGGUGUGCAUGGACCUCCGGGCCAACCUGAAGCAGGUCAAGAAGGAGGACACCGAGAAGGAGCGGGACCUGCGCGACGUGGGCGACUGGCGGAAGAACAUCGAGGAGAAGUCUGGCAUGGAAGGCAGGAAGAAGAUGUUCGAGACAGAGUCCUAGGCCGCCCG